AUGGAAGCUAAGACACUCACAGAUGCUCAUCAGAAUGAAUGCCACUUGUUCAUAGCAGCUAAGACACUCAUAGAUGUUCAUCAGAAUAUGAUUGCCACUAUGACACUGGGUACAUAUUACAUUGAACUAACUUCACCUGGAAAGAAAAACAUCGUCGGAUUGAUAAUUGAACUCACUACAUUCCCUUUGAUUUUAGUCAUAGUAAAGGAAUCUCCCAGGAGGCAGUCUCAACAAUCCUCCAGAACGCAGUCUCAACAAUCUCCCAGGAGGCAGUCUCAACAAUCCCCCAGGAGGCAGUCUCAACAAUCUCCCAGGAGGCAAUUUCAACAAUCUCCCAGGAGGCAGUCUCAACAAUCUCCCAGGAGGCAGUUUAAUCAAUCUCCCAGGAGGCAAUUUCAACAAUCUCCCAGGAGGCAGUCUCAACAAUCUCCCAGGAGGCAAUUUCAAAAAUCUCCCAGGAGGCAGUCUCAACAAUCUCCCAGGAGGCAAUUUCAACAAUCUCCCAGGAGGCAGUAUAAACAAUCUCCUAGGAGGCAAUUUCAACAAUCUCCCAGGAGGCAAUUUCAACAAUCUCCCAGGAGGCAGUCUCAACAAUCUCCCAGGAGGCAGUUUCAACAAAUUCCCAGGAGGCAGUCUCAACAAUCUCCCAGGAGGCAAUUAACAUCUUCCAUAGAGCCAACAUAUGGAGGCAAUCUCAAUUUUUAUAAACCACUUGAAUGUAUCUGUAAUAUGUAA